CAAAUCUUUAAUCUCCAGCGCUUUCCACCGUCGAUGAAGAGGGAGCGGAGCCUCCUCCAGUCCUUCAACCUCCAUCGCCUUCCUAUGUUGUCAUUCACGUCGUUGUUCUUGUUUCUUUGAGGUCGAGCAGUUCAAUCAGCUCAACUGCUCAAGCAUCCUCUUGUCGCUAAUCUGGGUUCAGCGGGUGGAGCAGUUGAGCAAAAUCUGUCCCUGGGUUAGAUUUUGGUCUACUACUUUCAAUUUCUUUGCCCUUUCUGGUUUUUAGUUUUUGUUGUUCCUGCACUGGAGAAUGAAAAAGCUAGGAAGAAUAUUAUCAGUUGAAUAUCAAAGCUAUCCAAAUGGUGUGGAUUCUGGUAACUGGUUGUCUCCUAUUUGUAUGGAUAAUUUCACUCUGCAAAGUUCUUCUUGUGGCACGCAUGUGUAAGAGGAAUUCUUUUAAGAAAAAUGGCAAAGCUCUUCGAAAGAGAAAUAUCUUGAUGGUUAUUGCCCAUCCUGAUGAUGAGUCUAUGUUCUUCACUCCAACAAUAAAUUAUUUGACUUCAAGAGGGCAUUAUAUUCAUAUUUUUUCCUUAUCUAUUGGCAAUGCAGACAGUAAAGGAAACAUUAGAAAACAAGAGCUCUUUCAAGCUUGUGCGACCCUCAAGGUUCCUAUGCAACAAGUGAAGGUUGUGGACCAUCGAGAUCUGCAGGACGGAUUUGGUAAAGUUUGGAACCACAACUUAUUGGCAAAUCUUGUCAAGGAAGAAAUAACGAAUCACAACAUUGAUAUGAUUAUUACUUUCGACAAUUAUGGUGUUUCGGGUCAUUGUAAUCAUCGUGAUGUGCACUAUGGGGUGUGCAAGUUAUUGUAUGAUAUCCCAUACAGGGACAUUGAAGCCUGGGAGUUGGUUAGCACCAACAUAUUGCGCAAGUACAGUGGACCUAUUGAUGUUUGGUUGUCCAUGUUUGUUGCUAUGCUGCAUUCAAACGAAACAAUCCAGUUCUUGGUAAAUGAGGAUCCCUGUAGGAGCUUUCUUGCUAUGGCCCAACACUCAAGCCAAUGGGUCUGGUUCCGCAAGUGUUUUGUAGUAAUGUCGAGUUAUACAUAUAUGAACACACUUAGAAAGAUCAAGUGAAGUUGCAACAUAGAAAAUAUUAUGUUGCCUUGUGAGGUUGGUGAGCAGCUCUCUAAUCCAUGCUUGAUGCUAUCCUAUCCUGUUUAGUAUUACAGCCAGCUUUAUCACAUAUUUGACUUCUUGGUUACGGAGGACAUUAGCUCUAGCCAUGUCUUGUUGCGUGUCUCUCUUUCUCUUAAGCCCCUUUGCUUUGGAAAUCAACGAGCAGUCACACAGUCAUGACUGAAAUAUGGUUCAAGAAGCAGAACUCCUGAUGCUGUUGUGUGACUCUCCUUUUUCUUGUGCCUUGUUUGAACGGAAGUUUCCACCUGUGCUAAUUUUUCUCAAGCUGAUUUAGUGUUGGAUUAAAAUUUUCGUAAGUUAUGUUGGAUUAAAAAUUUUGUAAGUUAGAACUCAACUGAAAUUAAUAAAUUAAGGUUAAAAGAAAAGUUUAUAAA